UCAAAAUCGUUGACAGUCUAAGAUCAUACUCAAACUGGAAUAGACGCAACAAUGGCAGAGUCUGAUAACGAUAUACCUGGUGGGAAUAUCUUCAAGCAAGCAUGGGUGACCAUUACAUCAUUUUUCGGCAGCUUCUUAUCCAGUGAUGAUGACGUCAUUGAUGAAACGACUGGGCUUACCAAGCAGCAGAAGGCUUUGAUCAAGAAGUCAUGGACCUAUGUCCUGGAAGACAAACUCAGGAUUGGGGUCAUCAUCUUCAUCAAGUUAUUCAAAGCCUUCCCAGCCUCCCAGCAGCUCUUCGAGAAGCUCAAGGACUACACAGACUUCGAAGAGCUUGCCCGGAACAAGAAGAUGAAAGCCCAUGCUACCAGGGUCAUGGCUGCACUCACAUCACUGGUAGAGAAUAUUGACCAACCUGACAUCCUUGACGAACUGCUGCGGAAUACCUCAGUCACACAUUACAGAAUGAGAAUGCCACCACAUUACUUUGAGGACCUAGGCGGAGUAAUAAUCGAGGCCCUGGUAGAAAAUUUGGGAGAUAAAUUCACGCCUAAGACGAAAGAAGCAUGGCUGAUCUACUAUGGAUACAUGUGUAGAAUAAUGCUGGAAGAAAUGGAGGAACUGGAACCUUCGAACGACGAUGAUUAGAGUCAAGACACAAUACUAACUAUAUCUUUGAUGAUCAGGUUGAUGGUGUAUGGAUCUGUAAAUAACUCCUAACAUUUUUUCACAUGUGAUAUAAUCAGAGAGUAAAGGAUGAUUUUUACACUAUGAAGUGGUUUAUAUAAUUAUUUACUAUAAAUACAACGUAUGGCUGUAUAUGAACAUCAUUGAUCGUAUAUAUUGGACGCUUAUUUCUUGAUGGAAACACGUUUUUAGCUCUAAUAGGUCAAUAUUUUAUUAAUAGAGUAGCAAUAUCGUAUUCAGUUAGUUUACGUCAGGUUGAGUCGACAUAAUUGCAAAAUAAUUCAAAUAAAUCUGUUUAAUAGCUUUUCAAAUGUGAUCAGGGAAAAUGUAUCGAAUUUAUUUUUAAGUAUACGUAGUUUUAGACAGUUUUGUGCAUACAAGACACUGCAUAGAUGAUGAUAUGACAGAUGAACCUCAUUCAAACCAUUGGAAGGGACAAGCCGGAACGUUCGUAGAAUUAUGUUACCAUUACAAUUAUCUAAACUAUGCUUGGUAAUAGGGGGAAAAGAAGUUGUUAAUUUGAAUUUUUAAUGCAGCAAUCUUUGAUAUUUUUCUGUUGAAAUAAGAUAUGAGUAAACAGAUAUUUACCCCUGAUUCGACCGUUUCAGGUGUAGUAUGUACAGCACCUUAAAAUGGACCAAUAACCAACAAUAAUUCCACUGAUGGAAUUGCUCAUUUUAGGUGAUUGUAUAGCCAAGCAAAAUCUUUACAUUUAUCAUAUAUGCAUCACUCAAUAUUUUUUUUGCUUGGAAUGGUGUUGGUGGUCUUUAAAUGAUUAUUUUUCGAUCAUAACAAAAACUGAUAACACGAUUGCAACUGAUU